CCACCAUCAUCAUCAUCAUCAUCCACCACCAGCAACCACCCAAAACUUUGCUCUCCGGCAGCCCGCGGGGGGCUGCCCGCCGCUCCGCCACCAGCCCGCACUCCUCCUCCUCCUCUUCCUCGCUCCUUUGUGCUUUUUCGGCGUCCUGCCCCAUUUUUAUUAUAUCUUUUUUUUAAUUUUUUUUUUUUUAAAUUAAUUUAAUUGCCGCUCUACCGCCUUCUUCCCGGAGAGGAGGGUGGUGGUGGUGGGAGGAGGAGGAGGAGGGGGUGUCUGCGAUUUGGCCGGUGCCCUCCGCAAAGCUGCAGCCACCGCUAAAGCAUUGGAUCCCUCAACGUACUGCGAGAGCCCGGUGUACAGCCCGGACCUGUGCCCCAACAUGAUCGCCGCCCAGGCCAAGCUGGUUUACCAGCUCAACAAAUACUACACGGAGCGCUGCCAGGCGCGCAAGGCGGCCAUCGCCAAGACCAUCCGGGAGGUGUGCAAGGUCGUGUCGGACGUGCUGAAGGAGGUGGAGGUGCAGGAACCGCGUUUCAUCAGCUCCCUCAGCGAGAUCGACGCCCGUUACGAAGGGCUGGAGGUGAUCUCGCCCACCGAGUUCGAGGUGGUGCUCUACCUCAACCAGAUGGGGGUCUUCAACUUCGUGGACGACGGCUCCCUGCCGGGCUGCGCCGUCCUCAAGCUGAGCGACGGCCGCAAACGCAGCAUGUCCCUCUGGGUGGAGUUCAUCACCGCCUCGGGCUACCUCUCCGCCCGCAAAAUCCGCUCCCGUUUCCAAACCCUGGUAGCCCAAGCCGUGGAUAAGUGCAGCUACCGGGACGUGGUGAAGAUGAUCGCCGACACCAGCGAGGUGAAGCUCCGCAUCCGGGAGCGUUACGUGGUGCAGAUCACCCCGGCUUUCAAAUGCACGGGGAUCUGGCCCCGCAGCGCGGCUCAGUGGCCCAUGCCGCACAUCCCCUGGCCCGGUCCCAACCGGGUGGCCGAGGUGAAGGCGGAGGGCUUCAACCUCCUCUCCAAGGAGUGCUACUCGCUGACGGGCAAGCAGAGCUCGGCCGAGAGCGACGCCUGGGUGCUGCAGUUCGGGGAGGCCGAGAACCGGCUGCUGAUGGGGGGCUGCAGGAACAAGUGCCUCUCGGUGCUGAAGACCCUGAGGGACCGGCACUUGGAGCUACCGGGUCAACCCCUCAACAACUACCACAUGAAGACCUUGCUGCUCUACGAAUGCGAGAAACACCCCCGGGAGACCGACUGGGACGAGGCGUGCUUGGGGGACCGGCUGAACGGCAUCCUCCUGCAGCUCAUCUCCUGCCUGCAGUGCCGCCGCUGCCCCCACUAUUUCCUGCCCAACCUAGACCUCUUCCAGGGCAAACCCCACUCGGCCCUGGAAAGCGCUGCCAAACAGACCUGGAGGCUGGCCAGGGAAAUCCUCACCAAUCCCAAAAGCCUCGACAAGCUAUAGGGGUUAACACACAUCUCCCCCCCCCGAACCCCCUCUCCCAACAACAAACAACACCUCACCCUCCGUAAACAACAACAACAGCGCCUUGAAAAACCUUGUUAUCUUUUUUUUUUUUUUUUUUAAUUUAACGCCAAAAAAUCUACCCGAACGACGGAAAGAGGCGGCGAAAGAAAGGCGCCCCCCCCAUCAUCCCUCCCCAUCCCUCCCCACCUGCAGCUCGGCCUUUUUAAAAACUUGCGGACUCUCGCACGGAAGAAGGGAAGAGCCUCCCCCCCCAUCCCCAUCCCUCCGACUCCGGUCCUCCGCUGUGAAUUUUUAAAAAAAAGUCACAAAAAGAGAAGCAAUCGGACUUUUGCGACCUCAAAACGAAACCCGAAAGGUACAUUCUUUUUUUUUUUUUUUUUUU